UAAAAUGGUAAUGGAAAACUCACUUUAGUGAAGAAGAUUAACGUCCUUCAUUACAUUCUCUCUGGUAAAUAUUUGCCAGACCACAAUCAAAUCACUCAAAAACAAUGGACCCAGAGUUCGCCGGAAAGCCCAUCACUGCCCCCAGUUCGGCCAUUGACCAGAUGCCGGAAACCCCAAAUCGGAGGGCCCAUCACCGCCGGGCCCGCUCCGACACCUUCUUCCGCUUCCCGGAUGACAUCCUCCUCGACGACGACGUCGACAUCGCUGACUUCAACCUCGAUAUCUCCUCUCUGCUCUCCUCCGACACGGCUAACCUCCCGAUAACCACCGUCCAUUCCGACUCAUCCAACGGCCGCGACAACUCCAAGCCGAAGCCGGUGGCCCCGAUCAGCAGCCACUUCAGGAGCUUGUCCGUCGACGCCGACUUCUUCGACGGCCUUGAUUUUAGCUCAGCUGCAGACGGCGGCGAGUCCGACAGAUUUGGCGUGAACCCGGCGGCGGAGAAGGGAGUGGGUGGUCGUCACAGGCACAGCAACUCGAUGGACGGUUGUACUUCGUCGUUUGAGGGGGAGUGGAUGCUGGACGCUGCUAAGAAGGCUAUGGCUCCUGAUAAACUCGCUGAACUCUCUCUGAUUGAUCCCAAGAGAGCUAAAAGGGUUCUUGCAAAUAGGCAAUCUGCAGCACGUUCGAAGGAGCGGAAAGUUCGAUACAUGAGUGAGCUGGAGAAGAAGGUACAGACACUUCAGACCGAAGCAACCACCCUCUCUGCACAGGUCACAAUGCUACAGAGAGGCACUACUGGAUUGACUGCUGAGAACAAGGAACUCAAACUACGGUUAGAGGCACUGGAAAAAGAAGCACAUCUACGAGAUGCUCUAAAUGAUGCUUUGAGGGAAGAAGUGCAGAGGCUUAAGAUCGCAACCAUCAAUGGAAACCCCUUCAGCAGAGAUUUGGCCUCUCAAUUUUCCUCCCACCUUCAGGCGCUUCAUCGCUUCAGCACCAACCAAACUCAGCAGCCCCAACAGCAACAGCAGCUUCAUAUUUCUCACUCGACUGCCAACAACCAGACUCCAAGUGAGCUGCCCCAACCCAGCCUCCUAGACUUCAAUCAGAGGGUUUAGCAACAUCCCAUAGACCCUGUUUGCAGUAUUUCAGCUGUUUGAAUUAUAGGGUAAGUUCGGUAAUUGAUUCGAGAUGGCAUCCUGUAUAUAUAUACAUGUAUUUGUGCUGUGGGUAGAGGUUGUGAAGAGGAUUGCUCAGAUCAGUCCUUUGAAUCAGUUGCAUAUAUGGGGUAUGUUACUUUUAGGAUAGAAUCAUGCUAUAUAGCAAUUGCUAUAUCUUAGUGGAAUUUCAUCAGUGACUACUAGUAGAUCAUAUUUGAUCUGUAAUUGGAAUGACAAUAGAGCAGGCAUCUCCUCACUAGCUAUGAGAUCUUUUGGCUACAGCCUCUCCUGUGUUAAGGGGAAUGGGCGUACGUACAUUUUGAAGGGGUCAAUGCUUUGUGGAACGGUAUAGUUAAAGUUGAGAAACAAGACAGAAUUUUCACGAGAAGAUCAGGCAUUUUGUGCAAAAUAAUGUCUGAAUGUUUAAUCCAAUGUCAGAUGUUUGCGGCUGACGUUGGAUAUUGGUAAUGAGCAUAGAGUUUGGCAAGAAGUUUUCUUAAUGAGCAUAGAGGUCAUCCUGGAACUCUCUGUUUUUUAUAUUAGUGUAAUUAUGAGUUACGAAGCUGAUGGAGCUUCAACAGAAGAAAUUGCUUGGAAUAAUUGAACUAAAAUCGUCGUGCGCUAUAUAUAUAUAUAUAUGCACACACAUAUGCAAGUAACGGUUUGGCUCGGUUUGGUCUUGUAAGACUCCAGACUAAAGCUGAACUGUAAUGUAGAUUUACGGUUUCAUAUUUUGGGAGCCCAGAUCACAACAAACCGUACAAAAAUCGGUCUGGUCUGGUUUACUGGUUCUCACACUAGCAAGCAGGUGUAAACUUAUUGGUAGAAAUUGCACCACAUUGAAAACAUUGCAGGAAGAGUUGAUGAAUGUGAACAAAAACUACCGUGAAGGAGUAUAAUAGUUCGUCUGGGUUCAAUGACCAUGCAGGCCAGGUCUCCAGCCUAAUUUUGACCCUCACUUUUCACACAUUAUUCUCAAGUUGCACGAAAAACUGAAUAUUGUUGACGAUUGAAUGAUGCUCUUUGCGAGUUGAAAACAACUUGACGAACUAUGAUGAGUGCAUAUUUUAUUUCAAAAUUA